ACGGACAGGAGAAGAGCAGGAAGGGAGAGGAAGAACAGGGCAGAAUCCGGGCGCACUCCGGCUCCGCUGCCGCGGGGAUCUCACUCGGCAUGGCCGGCUGUAGGAGCGGCUCCGCCGGCGCCUCACACGCCGGUACCGGGCGGCUCCCGGCGCGCCGGGGGACAAGGGGACUGCAAGGUGGCAGCGGGCAGCCCGCAGCGCCGCGGGGCCGAGCGGGUCCGGGCCGCCGGGGCUCUGCAGACACCGGCGCUGGGGACUCCUUGCGGCUGCGGGCGCGGGGGUGCUCGGGGCACCCGCACCGCCACCCAGCUCGCUGCCCGCCGCGUGUGCCCACCGGGCUGCCCCGUGCCCCGAGCCUGCAGGCUGAGCCCCGCGGCCGGGGUGACCGCCUGCCCGGCGGGGAUGCGUCCUGCCCGGCCACAGCUGCGGCUGCAGCUGCGGGGCUGCUCCGGCUCGGCAGCCGAGCGCCGCAGGUUGCAUCCGGACAGCACUUGACCAGCUGUUUUGUAUAUUUUCUAAUUUCGUGCAGAACAGGGCAGCGGUCGUAGAGGUAAUCUGUAGAUCCGUGGCUUUAAGGGAUAAAUUAGAGCACUGGAUUUGAUCCGUAUUGCAGUGGAUUAGAGCAACCUCUCCCCCCUCCCCUUCUCCUCCUCCCACCCCUCCUUUUCAAUUCACUCCCCCCUCCUCCAGCACCACCUUUUUUCCUCUCAUGCAAUACCAAAACUGACCCUGCCUGGCAGAGAGACUGCUAGGCGAACAGAGCGGUGCUCGCAUCGCCGGCACACCGCGGGAGCCGCCUCUCCCCUUGCAGCCGCUGCAGCCCCUCCGGGGCACCGCUGCCGCAAGUUCCUCCGAGGCUGGCGCCGGGGCCGGGCUGUCUCCUCCGGGAGCCGGGGAGUGGUCGCUGCCCACGGGCCGUCCCUUUGCCCCGGCCCGGCGGGGGCCGUGGGGCGGCGGCGAGAGAGAGCGGCCCCCGGAGGGCAUUUCCCGAAGGCAGCGGGGCCGGGACCCGGCAGGAAAUGGAAGGAUGAAGUGUGCAGCCGGAGCGGCGAUGUUCCUUCUCUCCUUGCUUUCCCCUGCAGGAACGUAAUCCGCAAUGCUAGUUCUCAGGUUGCUCAAUGUUGUCGCUCCAGCCUACUUCUUGUGCAUCUCCCUAGUGACCUUCGUCCUCCAGAUCUUUGUCUUCAUCCCCAGCAUGUUCAGAGACCCUUCCACCACCCCACUUUUCUCGCCUGCUCUGCUGCAUGGGGCCCUCUUCCUCUUCCUCUCAGCUAAUGCCCUGGGCAACUACGUCCUUGUGAUCCAGAACUCCCCCGAGGACUUGGGCAAGGACUUUAACUUGGGCAAAGGAGCCGAAGUGGCAGACUGGCUGGAUGGAAGCAGGUCCCCUGGCUCAGCCUUGCCCGGCACUCACUUCUGUAGACUGUGUUCCAGAGUCACCCAGAGGCAUGACCACCACUGUUUCUUCACAGGGAACUGCAUCGGGAGCAGGAACAUGCGAAACUUCAUCAUGUUCUGCCUCUACACCUCCCUGGCUUGCCUUGAAUCCCUGGUGGCAGGCAUGGCUUACAUUUCUGCUACACUUUCCAUGUCCUUUGCGGACCCACUGGCCUUCCUCACUCUUCUGCCUCACUCCAUCAGCCAGUUCUUCUCAGGAGCUCUCCUUAGCUCUGAGAUGUUUGUGAUCCUCAUGCUCUACCUCUGGCUUGGGAUUGGACUGGCGUGCGCCGGCUUCUGCUGCCACCAGCUGCUGCUGAUCGUGCGCGGGCAGACGCGGUACCAGGUGCGGAAGGGAAUGCUGGUGAGAGCCCGGCCCUGGAGGGACAACCUGCAAGAAGUCUUUGGCAAGAAGUGGCUGCUUGGACUUCUCAUCCCUGUGCAGAAUGUGGAGAGUAGCUACCGUAGGCAGAAAGAGAAAUAAAAUCCUCGUGUGUGUGUGUGUGUGUGCGCAUCCCACGCACACAGCACCUUCCCUGCUCUCUCCCACUGUCUCCUGGAUCACUACAGAGCUGGGCUAUUCCAUCUUUUGGGAUUGCAGUCGCUGUGGGAGGAAAGGAUGGGCUAUCAAACAGAAUAAAUUAAGCAUAUUUACAUGGAAAUCACAAACCAUGUAGAUGAGAUGCUCCAGCUUAGUAGUCACAUCACUGCACCUGCAUAGGUGGCAACAGCCUUUGAACUAGCAGAAAACUUAGUCAGACCCUCCUGUGGCUUCCUGUCUGAAUGCCUCAGUCCCCAGCCCUAUUAGUUACCCUAUAUAGUCUUUAAAAACUGCAUCAGGAGCCUGGGCUGUUGUGGAAGACUGUAAAAAUGGUGUCUAGUCUUAGGGAGGUUUUUGUGGAGUGACUCUUUGGCACUUAUAUACAUUAGGUAACUUCACACGAGAGCAUCAUUGCAGAAUUGUUUGGACAAUGAUCUCAGGUACUUGGUGUCAUUCUCGAGAUUGUCCUGUUCAGGGCAAAGAGUUGGAUUUCAAUGAUCCUUGUGGGUCCCUUCCAUCUCAAGAUAUGAUUCUUGAUUCACAAUACUGACAAGCCCUUAAUGACAGAACUGCAAUGCAAUCAAGUUGUCCUAGGAACAGGCUAUGAACAUGGUUAAUGCAUCAGAUAAACCUGCUCUCCACAGGCUAGAAAAUAAGGAGGAAAACAAAAUCACAGGAGGAAAACAAGAAGAAAUGGAGAAUUUCUCAUUUCUGUUAUUGAUCUGUUCCCUAUAAAAUGAUAGGUCAAGACUGUAGCUGUGCUGCUUAUUUUUAGCAAUUCUUUGUCCAAUGACAGAGUCCAGGCAAAGCUGCCCUUCUGACAGGGAGCAGCAAACAGAUAAAUCACGGUCAGAUGGAGGAACAAGGAGAGGAAACCACAAAGGUGAAUGAAAAUGCGGUGUUUGAGAAGCUGUGUGAUGAGACAGGCUAUGCAUACCUGUGAGAGAGACAGAGGGAAGUGUGGCCACACAGCAAGCACUUGGGAGGGUGCCAGGAGCGUUGCUGCUGUGUCAGAGCCCUGAUGCAUCGCCCUCUCACAGGGAACACCUGCACCAUUAGGGCUGUGAAGUGUUCAAAAUUCCAGAAAACAAGGCAGUUUUCCAACCCAUCAGGGCGCUUCACUUUGCACUAAAACAGACAGAAAAAUGCUUUUCUCAGACAUCCCUGUCACACUUUAGUUACAGGCUCUCCAGGGCAAUUCCCUCUUGCAUUGCUGCAGAGGGGUAAAAUUAUCCAUGUUAUAACUCCAUUAAGGGUGUUAAUAGAAUUACUACAGGGAUUAAUCAACUUCAUGUGUCUGUUGCUUUUUAGCCGCAGCAGCAGCCCAUUAGAUCAGUGCUGAGAUUCUGUGCUUACAGAUGUCCUAACAAAGGAUACCACAACAUCUCUACCAGGGUUAGAGCACUGAAUUCCCCAGCAGCUGCAAGAGAGAAGCCUCUGCUUUGGCAAACUGCAUCAGCUUAUGUGGGCUGGGUAGGAAUCCAUUGCUUCUCUUUAAUAGGCUGAAUGGGAGUAUGCUGACAAGCCAUGAAAAAUGUUAUUUCUUCCUCAGAAAGGCUCUUGGUGCAUUCCUGGUAGUGGAAUGCCCCUUGCUUUUAUCCUUGAGUUUCUCACAGGCCAGAAUGGAGUCACUCAUUUCUAUAGGCUUUGUAACCAUCUUUGACUACUUUACACUUGAAUACACGUUUGAAUCAAUAACAAACAAAAUAUAUUGUGAUGAGCAGAAUAACCUUGAAAAUAUACUGAAAAACCCUUAGCUAGAUAACUAAAACACAGAGGAUAUACAUCCUUCCACACUGUGUGUGUUCGCAUGAACACACAAUUGUUUCUGUGGGUAAUAUGAUGUAUUUUCUCUAAUAGUGAAAAAUAAAAGGUAUUCUGAUUUUUUACAUGA